UACAGUACAGUAGGUCUUUGCUCUGUGAUAGACCACAAGUGUUAGUGUCUCUUCAAAAUAAUCCAUAAAAUUCUGCAGCUGUAAUAAAAAUAGUUAAAUUAUGUCAAAUGUCACGAGCAAGAAGCUGUUCACGCCCGGACCGCUGGGCUGCACCCGGACCGUCAAGGAGGCCAUGCUGCGCGAUGUCGGCUCCAGAGAUGCCGAGAUGAUCGACGUCAUCAGGGACAUACGAGAGGAGCUGCUAGACGUGGCCGGAGUGUCCUCGAAGGAGUACACGGCGGUCCUGAUGCAAGGCAGCGGCACCUUCUGCGUGGAGGCAGUGUUCCAGACCGCCUGCCCGCGCCAGGGCGCCAGGGUGCUGUUGAUGAUAAACGGGGCGUACGGCAAGAGGAUGAAGACGAUUUGUGAUAGACUUGGCAUCGCUGCGGACUGCUGCGAGUUCCGUGAGGACGAAAUGGUUGACCCUCUUAAGGUGGAGGAGCAGCUACGCGCCGGCGGCGGCGACUACUGCCUGGCCGCGGCCGUGCACUGCGAGACUUCAUCGGGGGUCGUGAACCCGGUGGGCGAGCUGGGGCGGCUGGUCGCCGAGCGGCUGCCCGGAGCGCUCUACCUGGUGGACGCCAUGAGCAGCCUCGGCGCCGUGCCACUGGACGCCGCGGCGGCGCGCGCCGACUUCGUCGUCAGCUCGGCCAACAAGUGCCUGCAGGGCGUGCCAGGGUUCUCGUUCGUGCUGGCGCGCCGCGGGCCGCUGCGUCGCUGCGAGGGCAACAGCCGCAGCCUGAGCCUGGACCUGGCGCAGCAGGCCGAGGGCCUGGACGCGCUGGGGCAGUUCCGCUUCACGCCGCCCACGCACGCGCUGCUGGCCUUCCGCCAGGCGCUGCGCGAGUUCCAGCUGGAGGGCGGCGUGCCGGCCCGCGCGCGCAGGUACAGGGAGAACUGGAGGAUCCUCCAGGAGGGCAUGUCGGCGAUGGGCUUCAGGAAACUGCUGUCGGGGAAGGGCGAAGGCUACAUCAUCUCCACCUACCACUUCCCUCGGCACCGCAACUUCAGCUUCGACCACUUCUACGCCAGCCUCAGCGAGAUGGGACAGGUGAUCUACCCGGGCAAGGUGACGCAGGCCGACUGCUUCAGGAUCGGCAACAUUGGCGACCUCCACCCGCAGGACAUGGCGCAUCUCCUCCGGUGCAUCGAGGAGGUCCUGGCGCGCAUGGCGGUCCCUGUUCCCGUCCCUUGAAGCGCGAGGUCCUGCGAAUCCUUCAGCGACUGCCAUGUCACACGCUAAAAAUAAACAUAUUCUUUAAACACUCGCCGGCUCUCUCAUUCAACCUGAAGUCACUCUUCACUUGUGCGAACAGUGACAGGCCUCGGGGCAACAGAGGAGUGGAGGCCCCUUGGCCCCAAAUUAUUUUCCAAAUAAAAUGAAGAAUAUUUUUUCAGUCGAGUUUUCCAAUAAAUAAUUUAUUGUGAAAUCAAGUUGAUUCUAUUAGU